CCGUUACUGCUAUUGGUCGAUGAUUUAAACUGAAUCUCUGAGAAGUUGAGAGGUUCUUCGAUACUUUGCAGUUGAUGAGUUAAAUUCUUUGCAUACUGCGUAUCUCUCGGUGAUUUUCUGAUGACGUCUGCUUCGUGGUAUUUGAUAGCAACCCUUCCUGAAAAGGGUGUUCUUACGGAGGAGUCGGAGAACAAUAAUCCAAAAUGGACGCUGAGUACCAUGGAAAAAUAUAUGCGAGACGAAAGCGAGUCCAGUGUAGCCUUAGGACUCGUAUCCCAGUCUCCUCUUCCCAACAGCAAGAGGAGACAACCUCAGGCCGCAUACCACCAUCAACAACAUAUACCCAGCUAUUCCACCCAGAAUGGGGACGUAGUGGAAAGUGGAGGAGAAGAAAGCAGCCCAUCUUGGGCUUCUAGUAGUAACACACCUUCCUAUGCUAGUGGUGGAGUAUCCUUCGAUUUCAAUUCUAAGCCUGAAGAUGGUUGCGACAAAGUAGCUCCCACCAUUACCACAACUAGCUGUACUCCAAAUUCGACACCUGAAAAUGCUAAGAACAGGAAACAAUCCGGAGCUGUGCCAUUUUCUUUGAGCACUGAUCUGCUGGCUGCCUUAAAUUCCGAUUCUGAACUGUCUGCUGUGAAACCAAGGAAAUCUAGGAAGGAUUCGGACAGCAGCUUGAAAAGUCAGAGUAAAGGUUCCUCUGCGGCUGGGUCUCGCAAUGGUACACCUACCAAAACCAGUAAAUUAAGCAAACUGCUGAGAAGGACACACAGCGCCGGCUGCUCCAAAGAUGUGCCGGCUCAUUCGCAAUUUAUGAAAGAGAAAGCGGUAAGUGUUUUUUUUUUUUUUUUUUUUCUGUAAGUGGAUAUGUUUGCCAUGUCUCAAAUAGUAUCAAAAACUAGAUCAUCGAAUCAGAUUUCUCUUUAUUGUCAAAAAUUUUGGA